CUUGUACUUUCGUUUUACAUUCCUCGAAACAGUAAGUGCUUUUGGUAAAAUGGCUUCGGCAAAGCUCGUUCGUAGUUUCAGUUUGGACUAUACAAAUGGUACAAGAGGAAAAGGAACACUGACUUUCUCUAUAUAUGAAGGUUCUGUAAUUCAGACAAAUGCAGAGGCGAUAAUCUCUGUCCUUGGCGGCGGAAAUACCGGAGGUUUAUCAGGAGCAAUCAUUAAGGCAGCCGGAAGUGCAGUCUGUGAUGAAAUUGUUGCUAACAAAACCAGAAAACUAACCGAAAACAUUGUAACAAAGGCAGGAAAUUUAAAGUGUAAAUAUAUAAUUCACUGUAAUUGUCCAAAAUGGAAUGAUUAUGACGGUGGAAGCAAGAGAAUAUGCCUAGAUGAUCUUUACAUUACGGUCAAGAAGGCACUAGUGGCAGCUUGUGACAAGGGACUGAAAUCCGUCGCUUUGCCUCCAAUAGGGUUAGGAAACCCAUUUGGAAUCCCCAAAAUUGCAUGUUCUGCAAUGUAUGUAAAAGCCAUCAAAGAAUUUGUUGAGUUCCUUCCGGGAAUGAAAAGCAAGUUAAAAGAAAUUCAGUUUUUUGAUAAAUCUUCUGAAAUGACACAGCUAGUUUACAAUACUUAUCAGAUGACAAACGGUGCAGGGGAAAGAUAUCUGUCACAUGAGUCGGUACUGAUGCGAGCUUGCCAAUCCCCAGCUUCUACAACACAGACAAGUCAUCAUAAUGGAUCACAUUCGACGAAUCCAAGCUUUAACCAUGGACAACAUGCACAGCACUUUCAAACACCGUAUGGCCAAGCAGGUAACUAUCAACCACCACCAUUGACGUAUCCAUCGUCUUCAAAUUCUUGGCCACUAUCGAACAUACCUGCGGCGGCCCCUCUGUAUGCACAACAACCGCCACUGAUAUAUCCACCGUCAUCAAAUUCUUGGCCACAAUCGAACAUGCCUGUUGCAGCCAUUCCGUAUGUACAACCAACGCCAGUGAUACAUGUAUAUCCAACGUCUUCAAAUUCUUGGCCACAAUCAAACAUACCCGCGGCGGCCCCUCCAUAUGUACCAUCAAAUUGGACUUACAUCGGUAAUGUUGGUGGAGCGGAUACAUUUAAUAUUAACCAAAUACAGGUUUUGAUCUAUACAGGCGAACUUCCGAAACUUAACAACGUAGAUAUCCUUGUGUCGACAGAAAAUUCACGGGUACCAGGAAACGGUAAAUUGGCAAAAGCUAUUUUUCAAAAAGCAGGAAAGGAAUACCAAAAGGAACACGCAAAAUUGUUUUCGGGGAAGAAAAAGAUAAACAAUGGUGAGAUACUGCAAACCGGCGCAGGACUGCUUCACUUUAAAGUUGUACUACAUGCCAUCAUUGACAAGUUUCCCAAUGCCUCUCCAACUCCAUACCACCUCAAUGAGUUAUAUCAAACAACUCUUAAUUUGCUAGACACCGCCAACAAAAAAGUAAAAAAGAAGCAGUUGUUAACCAUUGCGUUACCUUUACUAGGAGCAGGAGCAGUAUCAGAUCCACGCCAUCAGAAAGAAUAUGCCUCCGCUUUAUUACAAGGAAUCGCGUCUUUUUCUUCUGCAUCUAAGGUAAAAUUGUGGGCAGUCCAUAUUGUCAGCCUCAAACCGGAAACAACAAAAUUGCUAGUAGAGGUUUGCCAGUCAUUCUGUUCGACGCCGAACUCUCAAAGACGUCGACAGGAUUCUCAUAGAGGUCGAAGGGAUAAAAAACCAAACGAAGAAAAGACUCAUACUACCAGAAAAACGCCAAAGUUUACUCCUUCGGAUUCCAAAUUCAUUGAGUCGUGGAAAGCACUCCGCCAAAGCAAACAAAAGAUCGAUUCAUUUUUCGAAGCCAUCCCUACUCCAACACAAGGGACUCUGCAGAAAGAGGAAUCAGUUACUGGUAAUGGCAAUUUGGUAAUGAUUGACUCGGAUUCUGAAGAUGAAACUCCUGAUGUGUACGAACCCGAUGAAGGCGCAUCUGCUGCCUCGAACAAUCACUCGACUUGUAUUAUAUGUAUGGAUGACGAGUUAACCGAACCUGUACGGAUGAAAUUAUGUAAACAUGAGUUCUGUCGUGAAUGCAUAACGGAAUACUUAUCACAGAAGCCCGCGUGUCCUGUUUGCAACAUGGUGUAUGGAGAAAUGUAUGGCGACCAGCCUGUGGAUGGAGUCGCCAAGAUUUACAAGGAUGAAGAUCCUCUCCCUGGAUACACGUGUGGAACGCUCAUCAUCCAUUAUGAAUUUCCACAUGGACGUCAAACGAAAGAUCAUCCUAACCCCGAAGAGUCCUAUCGGGGAUUAUCCAGACAAGGUUAUUUACCAGACAACAAAGAAGGGCGUCAAAUUCUCCGAAUGCUGAAGCGCGCUUUUGAACAUCGAUUGGUUUUCACAGUUGGGUUUUCUCGUACUUCCGGUAGAGACAAUGUUGUCACGUGGAAUGACAUCCACCAUAAAACAAGGAGAGUCGGUGGACCUGAACAAUAUGGUUAUCCAGAUCCGGAAUAUCUAGCACGAGUUAAAGAUGAGCUGGGUGCUAAAGGAAUUUCAGAAGACUGAUGAACAGAAGAGAAGCGGUGACAUUCUUUGCCUAAUGGGAAGAAUCAAUUGUUUGUUUCAUAAACUCAAUGAGGGCAAUCAUUUUGUGCACAUACAUGUACAUAAAGUAAAGGACAUCAUCAAUUGCUUACAUGAUACUUUUCAGAAACUGGUAUAAUAUAAAAUUCUUAUCUGUAUUUUUUUUAAUAUUUAAGAAGCUAGCAUCAUUGAAUGUAGUUUUAAAAACCCUAUACAGCUUAGAAUUUGAUUGCAUCACAAGCA